CGACAUGAUAUCCAUAUCCUUAUUUGCUCGACCGGCAAGGCCGGCUCUGCCACUGCUGUGGCUUGUCAUGCGCAAGCACACGACAUGCAAAGCGUCGUCACCGCUCUCCCAAGCUUCGAUUCAUGCACGCCUCUUCUGCCGAUUGGCUCGCCAGCCGCCUUUGACGGCAAAGCAGCACGUGAUGUUGAACAGCAAGGUACGCAAUGACAGCGUGGCUUUUCUGGUGCAAGAAGUUCAGUCACCGCAAACACCACAUUGUUGCUGCACAAGCACAAUCACUAGGGUGGUUGUCCAGCCUGGAGUUGCACCUAAAGCGUGAACGGUUGAGGAGCCAUUGAUUCAGUCAUCCACACAUAUACUACAUUACGCAAAGACAGAGCUCAGAAACGCUGGAAUAGGAAUGAAGACCCAGCCUGGG